AUGAGGAUUAUAUUUUUGCUUACCGCGUUGGUGGGCUUACUUCUGCUUUCAAUUACGCUUAACGCAGUGCGUGAAGGUAAGAUCUUUAGGUGUCUUAAAAAGAGAUUGGGCGGCUUUUUUUUUUCGAGCACUGAAAAAUAUUUUCCUGUAAGUUUGCAGCAUAAUUUUUGUUAGUAAAAUCAAACGUUUGCAUCAUUUUUUCAUCCAACUCUAUAUAAUAUGGAGAAUUUUAUGGGCCAUUUAUCUGUCAUAUAAGUAAUCUUUUUUUCUUAAAAAGGGGCACUUCACACUUUUUUUAAAAUCAUGUUUUGCAAAAGUCAAGCUUUAUUUCAGUUGCUAUGGUACCAAGAAUGUUAUACGUGCUCAUUACUCCUUGCACAAGCUCGCGCUUCGACGGUUGCUUGUGACGCGAUCAACAAAUAAUUCCUGAAGAAGAUAAAAUUUUAUAGAUCUUUAACAUUACUCUGCGCCACAGAGAAAACUAAACUCUGGUGUAAAAGCUAUGAAAAUUCUUAUCUUUUGGGAUCAGGGUUUUUAUAUGAUAUUAAAUUAUUUUUGUUCUUCAAAAAUCUUGAACUAUAAUCUGUAACCAAGUCAAGUUUACGGCCAAUUUCAGGCAAAGGUUUUAAAUGGAACAUGAUGACCAAGUUCACUUUUGAAAAGUUACAGCCUCUUUUUUUUCUGCAGACCCUGUCAUGGCUGAAAAACCAGAUUUCUUUUAUGAAGACUUCGCCAAUGGAGCAACUGUCAUCGGAAACUGGCAGGGGAAGGUAAAAGUUUCUUUAAGGACUGCAUGGCUGCGAUAAACUAAACCAUUAGAGUUAUUUAUUAUCACAUUUGCGGCAAACGGCAAAUGAAUUUGUACCGCGUAACCAAGUUUUCUCUUUACUUGUCUUCAAUUGUUCUUUGCUUCUACAAAAAACUUUCAGUUCCACGUGAUUUCAUCUAUAAGAAUUGCUUUGCGCUGUUUUUAUCAGCUUAUUUUCUAUUCUUAGAAAUUCUUAACUGAAAUCUACCGUUUGCCGUUUGCAGGAAGCUUGACUCUAAAUCUCUCCAUUGUUGUCUUUCUUACUAUAGUGGCCUUUUUUCUGUUUAGUAUACUUUCGACACUGCUCGCAAGUUUAAAUAACUUUCAAAAUGAAAUCUUGGAUUCUUAUCAUAACUUAUAUUAUUUUGUUAUUUAAAACACUGGACCUCAGUUAACCGACGGUUAAGCCAAAUUCUAAGCAAGAUUUUAUCUUCAAGUAACUGGAGCUAUUAAAAUAUUGUUGGGACUAGACCCUGAAGUUUGGUUUCAAACAGUUUACAACAAAAAGAGAUUAAAAAAAGCAUGAUAUAAAAGCGUUAACUUGAUAUCCAUUUAUUUCUAGCCAAUCUUUGUAAUUAGUCCAAUGAGCAUCAAUUGUAAUUUAUUUUCUUCUUUUCUUCAAACCUUUAUUUGUUUUCUUUGCUGCUCUUACCACAGAAUUAUAUCAUCAAGAUGCAAAUUAAAACCCUGAAACUUGACUUAAAAGUGGUUGUUCGAGACACUGGCUCUGCACAAGGCGAUAUCUACACUACUUUCCAAGAGGAACAGGUAACAGACCGCACACAGUGCAUGUCAGUGCGUCUGAACUUUCAAAAAAGUAACGUCACUAAAUGAUCAGUCAAACUUCAAAGCUUGCAUCGAAUUGCUAAAAGGCAAACAUAUUAUUUAUUUUCAUGAAUAAACUGUGGUUGAUUGAUUUUUUGAUACUUUCAAAAAAAGCGAACGUAGGGUUAGACUUUUGGCCAUUUAACAAUCAAAAGAUAACCGUCUUAAAGCUCAGGAUCAGUUUUACUUUUUCUUUUAAAAUUCUUGAUUUUAUUUAGAAUCACGACUCGCAAACCUGUUUGAACCCAGAAAGUGCACCUCACUACAACAACCAAACUUGUGAGCCCAGGCCUCUGAGUUUAACGGAGCAGACAUGGAACAAAUUACGUAGGAACACAGUGGCGAUAACAGCUUGGACAUGGGACGGAGUAAACAGGGCAUCAAAAACAACUGUUGACUUUGUGGCGACAAUGACCUGUAAAUUUUGCGGUGGAGUUAAGUUUACGGCAGAGUGGAUCUUUGACAAGGCCCCGUUUAUGGCUGAGUGGACCUGGCAGCAAAUCUUGUGGAUGGCGCGGUGGACUUGGAACAAAGCAACCGAUUUUGUAGAGUGGACUUGGUGCCAACUCACUCACCUGGCUAACGGAAUUUGGGAUACGAUUUCAUGGAAUAUUAAUUUCUGUUUCACUUCGAUUUGCGCCUUCGUUGAUACUGUUUCUCAGCUGUACGCUGUAUACGUUAAGAGUAAGUGAAGAAACUGUUUGUAAAGUAAAUUAUAUCAGCACAGCUUGACCGUAGCAGUUAAGAAAACACUUCAGACACAGGAACUGGAAGGGUAUUUUCGGGAUCUGGGAUACGGGGCGGGAUUCGGAAAAACGAAAAAUAUCUUGAUGGGAAACAGUAGGUGUUUUUUUGAAAAGUUGCCUGACGCUCAGUCAAACGCCAGAUAGGACUUUCUUACCAAAACAUAGCAGAAACUCACUGAGGUUGAGUACUCAACUCGUCGCACCCGUCUAAUCGAAGUGACUUGGAAAUUUUCUGAGUGUAAUGAUGUACUGUUUCGUUAUCCACAGCUCACGUGACAUACAUCAGAUCUCUGUUCGGUGGUAUUACCAGACAGGAAAUCAUCAGAACACUGAUUACAAGUUUUGUGUUGGUUUCUACCGUGCUCUUCAUUAACAAGACGAUCAGAUAUGUGAUUCGGAGACGAAGGUAAGUGAGUCCUGUCGACUUGCACUUUUAAUUGAAACAAAUGUACAUGGCAAGUAGAUCAAUUCUCAAAACACGGCAACAGAAUUGAUCCGAAGCGCCAACUAGUUUGCUGUUUAGAAAAUGUUUAGAUUUACACCGUUAUACUGUUGUAGCGUUUCCUAAAUGACCACACCGGUGAUCGUCUUUGAACAACGCGAGGUUGUUCUUAGCAAAUUCUUGCGGGUAGUUUCCGUACAGUGUCCUUGGUCCUUUCGUUUUGGACCUGAACAUCAAAUCAUCAGUCAUGGAGUGUUACGCGGGUAAUCUUUUAGAGGACGGGUAGCUUGCAAACCAAACUGAACGCAGGGUUGUCGGAACAGCAACAAGAAGAUUUAUUCCAAAAAUGAACGUAGUUUCCACAGAGUAAAACUCUACAACAGCACGUAACUCGAUAAACUUACACGGCCUCCGCCAACUUGAAUAAACUCUGCCUUCGUCACACUUGACUAAUGUAUCGGUCAAAUCGAAGCUUCAACAUGCCCCCCCGGGCAUACCCCGGCAUUUGACAUUUGAGGAGGGAAUUUGAUGAUCAGAGUCUUCCAGGGGGUGGGGAAUUUGAUCCCCAUGCUUUAGGGGUGGGGACUUUGACCCGCACCCUCGAUUACAUGUAAAAUCUUUGGCGUGGUGAGCUAUCAUGGGGGACGCGGUGUUAGAGGAUUUUCGUGGAAAAGAUUGUGCCUUUGUGGCCAAUUGGUUACGAGGAAAGGGCUUAAGCAAGCUUUGUGCCGUAUUUGAAGUAUUUAAAUUUUAAAAUUUUUAAUUGGAUUCAGGCUUUGAAUGUAUGAAUGUAUUUUAUUGUUGUGUUUACAUUGAAAUACAAUACCUAUACCGGCGAUUCAAUACAACAACAUAAAAUAAAAUAAAAUAAAAAGCUCAGGUCAACUACUUUGACUUUCUGCAAGUGUGUUAACUAACAAGGUGAGCGAUGAUGCCUGUCAAGUGAAAUGGUCAUGAUAUAGUAAUCUCAAUAGGUGGAAUCCUUUUUUAUAGAACGCUUUGUAUGUUGCAUGACGAAGAAAAGCUGAGCAUUCAGUGACCUUGUAGCAGCGAUUUCCGCCGCUUUGCACGGGAAUUUUGUUCCUAGUAAAUACGCUAACAGUGUUUCUCAGUUUUUGUUAUAUUUACAAAGAUUUUGUUCGACAACUGAAGGCCUUUUCGCCGUUCUUCUGUCAUUUUUGUGCCUGUGUAAUGUUCCCAGGGUGGGGGCAUUUGAUUACUUGAAUGGACCCUAGUGUGGGGCAUUUGAACGGCAUUUUGGCCCGGGUAGGGGGGAAUUUAAACAAUAAUUUUCAAAAAAGUCAAAUGCCCGGGUGGUUGCCCGGGGGGGCAUGUUGAAGCUUCGAUUUGACCGAUACAUAAACACGACCUACGUCAAACUCUCUUCGCUUGUGAAAACUAGUUAAAACUUAACUCGAGCUGUCCUACUUAUAUACUUUUACAAUAAAGUUCUAGAACAUUCCAAAUAGUCUAAUUAUAGAAAGAUUACAAAAUAUACCGCUUUUAGAAACGCUUACAUAAGAUCCUAAAAUAAACAAGCUAUGAACUCUCGCGAACCCUCUAGAAAGUCACGCUAGUCACGCAAUACAAUUUUUCGUAACAUGGAGUUUAACAAAUGUCAUUUGUAAAACGUUUGUAGAGAAACCAGUUUUUUGCGCCAAGCUUAAAACUUCAGCAAGUGAUCAAGAAAUUAAAUAGCCUGAGAAAACAGCCGACAUUUGGCGACGCUAAUCAAAUUUCCCACGCGGCACGACCAAUCAGAAGCACUACCCAGAUCUGGGUAAUGACGCGUCAUCAGUAUGGAAUUUCUGCGCUCGUUUCUCAGACGUCAUUUGGCGGGGAAACCAGUGGUAGCGUCGCCAAAUGUCGGCUGUUUCCUCAGGCUAGAAAUUAAACAAUAUGAUAAAGUUGCAGUCUUUCAUAGCACAAUUGAAAUGACCCAGAGAUGAGUAUGAAUUCAGAUGACGUCAAUGGUUGAGUCAGCUUGAGAAAGCAGCCGACAUUUCGCGACACCACCGCUGGAAACCCCCCGAAAUAACGUCUGCCUAGAAGCGAGCACAGAAAUUCCGUACUGAUGACGCGUCACUACGCAGAUCUGGGUGGUGCUUCUGAUUAUCUAAAGCAGCUUGACCAAUCAGGAAAACUACCAAUAUCUCGAUAGUGACCCGUCAUAAUUAUGGAAUUUUCUGCGUUUCUCAGACGUCAUUUCGCGCUGAAACUUGUGGUGGAGUUGUGAAAUGUUGGCUGUUCCCCCAGGCUAUUGCUAGCUCCAAAAUUCGAAUCUGCAGGGUGGGUAUGAAAGGCAGAUCUGGCGAUUAAUUAGUACCUAGAGAUAGAAAAUACAGCAUCUAAGUUUAUAAUCUAGGAAUGUUUUUUCACUUGACAGACAGGCGCGGUUGGAAAAGGAAGCUGCCGGACGUGUAGCACCUGCAGCUUCUCAAAAGCCAAUAUGGCGUCCAAAACCGAAGAAGAAAAAGAAAAUUGACAAGAAGGGCUGGUAG